AUGCAUUAUGCCGCAGGUAGGCAUCAGUGCAGCUAUCUGAUUAACCUGCAGAAAGGAGAGUUUCUUCUACAGGGUGGUAAACCUUCGUGGCUUCAAGGUUUGAAAUCGAUACCACGAAAGCUUCAAGAUCUUUACGAGAUUAAUAAGAUCCUAGCUCACAGGCCGUGGCUUUUAAAUAAAGAACACAUAGAGAAAUUGACCAAAGGUGCGGACAAUUGGUCAUUGGCCGAGGUAGUCCACGCGAUAGUACUUUUGGCACAUUUUCAUUCAUUGUCAUCGUUUGUAUUCUCUUGUGGAAUAAACGAAGAAUUGGAUAAUGUAACGGGUCACCAUUAUAAAGAAAAUAUCCAGGACAAUAGCAAUAAAGUACCACCUGCCAAAGAAAAACUUUCUAGUAAUUCCAAGGAAAUUCCAAAUGGCGAAGGCAAGACUGAAAACGUACCGUCGCCUCCAUCGUCCCCUAGCAUAGUUGGCGAACAAGAGGUCGGCGUUGAAACAUUAAUGGAACGAAUGAAACGGCUUUCGGAAAAAUCCGAAUCUUAUCAAAUAACGCAAGAAGAAUUAUCGAAAAGAUUUGAAACGGUCGAAACGCAAUCAGCUGAAUUGGCAGCUGCACCUCAAAGAAAUAGCAUGAUACUUGACUCCGAUAUCGGCCUUUUCAUUGAAGAUCCUUCGUUUAUAUACCAAGAUUUUGCUAAGCGAGGUCAACUGAACGACAUACCGACCUUCCGCGUGCAAGACUAUUCCUGGGAUGACCACGGUUACUCGUUGGUGAAUCGGCUUUACAACGACGUCGGCAAUUUUCUUGACGACAAGUUCAAGACGACUUAUAAUUUGACGUACUAUACGAUGGGUACGCACAGUAAAGUCGACACGUCUCGUUUUAGACGAGCAAUAUGGAAUUACAUACAAUGUAUGUUUGGUAUAAGGCAUGACGAUUACGAUUACAACGAGGUUAAUCAAUUACUCGAACGAAGUCUUAAAACAUUUAUCAAGAGUGCUGUUUGUUAUCCGGAACGCGUUACUAAAAAGGAUUAUGAUCGUGUCAUGAGGGAGUUCAAGCACAGUGAAAAGGUGCACGUGAACUUGAUGAUAUUGGAAGCGCGCAUGCAAGCGGAAUUAUUGUAUGCUUUACGCGCAGUUAUGAGAUAUAUGACCUAAACGAAAUCCAAUUCAGGUCCCUUCGUUCGCUUGGCUGGUCUUGUCCCUUCGAUCGGCUCGUCCAUUCGUUUAUUUUUUUUUUUUUUUUUUAUAAAUUAAUUAAUUAAUUAUUAUUAUUAAUAUUAAUAUUAUUAUAUUAUUAUUAUUAUUAUUACUAUUAUUAUUAUUAUUAUUAUUUUAUACGUUUCGAGUCGCGUGUUGCUUUAUAGCGAGGCUUUUUUUGUACACGGCACCACACAGAAGGAAACAAGCAAACGUGACACCGAUAUAUAAUUAAUAAUAAAAAUACGUAACGAUAAUUAUUCACGAAAAUUUGAAAAAUGCUUAAACAUAUUAAAUACACACAUACACACAUAAAGAAUGAGAGAAAGAUAGACAGGGGAAAAGUAUGGAUAUGAUGAUUCUCAUACACACACACACACACACAAGUUUAAACAUAUUACACACGCUUUUUCCCAAAAGUUUUGAAUCGGUCACUCCGUUUGUUAACUUGUUGUCCUUGAAUCGAUGACCGAGAAAAAAGACAAAGCAAAACGCCUCGAAAAAUCAAAUAGUGAGAGAACGUUUUCUAAAAAAUUUCUUGAGAAAUUUUUCUUAUAUAAUUCAUCGUUGGAAUCGAAAAAUGGUAGAAACGAAAAAAAAAAAAGAAAGAAAGAACAGAUUGAAAGAAAAUAGAAAAAAAAAAAAAA